AUGUUUCGUGCAGGUUUGAAAGCCAGUUUGAGAGCUUAUUCAGCUUCAGCGAAAAAAUUCGUUGUAAAACAACCUCAGAAGGCCAACAAAUGGCUUCUGUGGGCCACUUUUAGCACCAGUUUUGGGCUAGGAUGGCUUGUCACCCAGCAUAUGACAUUUGCAGACGUGUUGGCCAAGUACAUGUACGACAACGUGCCCGAAAAUGACGUGGGUCUUUUGAAGUACAGGGCCCAGCUACAGAGCCGGCUGGAGCACUUGAACGUGGUUAAGCAAUUAAAGCAGGCUGGGUACACGGAGGUGUUCUCAGAGAGACAAAAGAAUAACACCCUGAUAGAUCGGACUUUACGUGUGCCAGGCGGUAUCAGCAUAGCACCUCGUUUUUUCCAUAAUCCUCAAACCCGGGAAACAGUGGGUAUUUAUCAUCUGGGCAUGAAGCUCACAGGGUACCCUUUUUUGGUGCAUGGCGGAGUGCUGGCCACGGUGAUGGAGGAUCUAAUGCGUGAAUCGGUGACCUUUGCCAAAGGCGUCAGUUCGGAGAAAACCCGGGAUCUCACGCUGAAUUACAAAUUUCCUACUUUCGCCAAUCAAUUUGUUGUAGUACGAGUUACCAAGGUGGAAGAAAACGGCAAAACCGUGAAGCUAUAUGCAGAGCUUAUGGACCAGAGCGGUGACCGCACCUUGGUUAAGGGAACAGGGCGGUUUAAGACUUAG